AUGAAUAUUAUUUCAUCCUCAAUAUUUUUUUAUUGGAUUAUUGUUAUAUAUAUAUAUAUAUUUCUAGUUGAAUGUGUAGAACAAUACUCAAAUAUAUCAAAUAUUAUAGAUAAUUGGAAAAUAAACAAUUCAUUUAAUCACUUCUAUUCUAAGUUUAAUACCUUCAGUGUUAUUAUUUUGGCAAGAUGUUCAGAUAAAAAGUGGAUCCAAAAAACACUAAAUAAUAUUCUAUAUUCUUGUAACCGUAAUUUACUACAUGAAAUAAUUAUUGUAGAUGCUAAAUGUGAUCAUGAGAUAAAGGUUUCAGAUAUAUUAUAUAAACAUUUUAAAGAUUCAUCAUUAAUAAAAUUAAUAGAAACAGAAUAUUCAAAUAUAGGAAAUUUACAAUUAAUAGGAGCUGAACAAGCAGAAGGUCAGAUUUUAGUAUUUCUACCAGGAGCAGUUGCAUUAUCUUUAAGUUGGAUGGCUUCUUUUUUAAGAAUAAUAAACGAAGAUCAGAAAUCUAUUGUUACUUCAUAUAUGACUAAAUUAAAUAUAGAAGAAUGGAAUUUUAAUAAUAAAGAAUUUAUUUCACCAGGUUUUAUUUUUUCUAUAGAUAAAAAUUUUGAUUUAGCUAAUAAAUCAAGUGAUAAUAAAAUUCCAAUGUUCAUAUCAAAUGUAUUUGCCUUAUCUAAUAAAUGGUGGAAAUUUUUAUCUAAAUUUUCAACUCCAUAUAUUAAUUCUAUCUUGGGAGAUUUUAUUAAUAUAGAUAUUUCUAUGAGAUCUUGGUAUUGUGGAGGAACUGUUAAACAAACAAAGGAAAGUAUUAUUGCAUUGAUGAAUCCUAAUAUUUUAGAAUUAGAUCAAGAUAAAAAAUUUUUUCUAGUUGAAUCGUGGUUUGAUGAUCAGAUGAAAAAAAUUGUAUAUAAUAAUUCUCAGGAGCUGAAUAAUUUAUUAAAUUUCUAUAAUAGUACUGAUACGAAAACAUCAAAAAUGAAAAUUAGUAUCUUACAACGUGUAGAACAUAUAAAAAGCAGUACAAAUUGUGAUAUAUUGAAUUUUCGUACCAAUUUUGAUUUUCUUUUACAUGAAAUUGGAUUGAUUCCUUAUAAGACUUCUAAAAUUAAACUCAAAGAUUCUAAUUUAUGUAUUACAAUCUCUGAUUAUAUAAAUGGUUCAUCUACUGAAUUUAAUUUAAUUUUAGAAAAAUGUGAAUAUAAUAAUAAAUUUCAAGAAUUUUAUUGGGAUCCUAAAGUAUAUUAUAUUAGGAAUAAUGAAGCAGACUUAUGUAUUCAAGCACCUGGAAUAAAUACUGAAAUGCAAAGUGAGAAUAUGAAAGUAUUAGCUAAUAAGUGUAGUAGGACUAAUGUGUAUCAUAAAUGGGAAAUUUGGAACUCAAGAAUUAUCUUUGGAUCGUACUGUAUACAAAAUAUAGAAAAGGAAUUCUUUUUGACAAAAUGUGAAGAAGAAAAUUCUUAUAAUAAGAAAUUUCAAGAAUUUUCUUUUUAA